ACAUUGAGCAAUACUACAAACAGAACAGAAAGUUUAGGCCAAAGAGAAGAUUACCUGAGAAACAAGAAGAUGAAAACCGGCUGCGAUGUCAAUGGGAACCUCAACCAGGGAAAGUUCAGUGCCCCUAUGCCGUGGAUUGGGAUCUAUGUAACAGCAGCAUCCCUGGCCUGUCUAGUUACCAUGGCUGCAGAUGUCAUCCAUGGCAUUCGUCACAGGAAACUCUGGUUCCCUUGCAAGUUCUUCUCGAUCAAUGCAACUUCUUUAACCCUCAUAGGUGUGGCAAUCAAAUUGUCAGUGGAUCUAAACACCGCCAUGCCUAGCCACCAGGAUCAGCUUGCAAAGCUCAGCAGCUCUGUCUUGGUCUGCACAGUAAUGGGUAACUCUAUGCCUUCCCUUGGAGCUAUGGAAAAUGAAGAAUUAUUCAUGAAUGUUAUUGCUUUUGGAAUAUUAGUAGUUACCCUUAUUGUGAAUAUCUGCAUCCAAUUAGCUACUGGUGCAAUCUUUGUUUUCUGGAAGGAGCAUGUUUGUGUAAUGUUCAUCAUGCUUGUUUUGCUUAUCAUGAUGAAUUUCUCUGCUUUUACUGUUCCGAUUUCUAAGCGUUACUUAGAGCACAAAUACAACAAGAGGUACCAGUUAGCCCUGAAAGAGAGCUCAACUGAAACUGGUAAAAGACUAGUUUGCAAAAUUAGAGAGGAUCUGAUGAAAUAUUGGAUGAUGGCUCAUACCUCUAGCCCCCAGUUUGUUAUGGGGCGGUCAGCUACAUGCACAGCUUCUGGAGCAAUCUGUCUCUUGAGUUCUUUGAUUCUAGCAGAGGUCAUACUCCGAACUUACUUGAUGCCCUGGUCAUUUAAAUUUUGUAGCGGGGAGUCUGACUACAAGUGGUCGACCACUUUGGUUCUUGUUACACAGACAGUUGCAGUAGCAGUAGGAACAAUUGCUCCGGCUUCUAGAUGGUUCAUCGCCAUAAACUUCAGGUGUGCAAAAAGAGGAAAUGCAACCUACAAAGGAGAAUUUAAAGUAGAAAAGUACUGGACCCAGGGACUGGUGGAGUUGAAAGACUGUCCAUUAACUUUAAGAAUCAGAAGCAGGCACUGCAGGAAGCUUGUUCAUGACACAAGAAAUAAGCUUUUGGACUUGUGUAUCGGAUUGCAGACAGGGAAUGUUAUAAUGAGCAAAGCGAUUCGGCUUAUUUCCAUUUUCUUUGUAAGCAAGAUCUUGAUAUGCUGCAACUUAUGCAAAGAGUGGAAGAAGAACUUCAUAUGCAACACUGUUUGCAAUGACUCGGGUCUAAGGUCAUCAGAAUCGAGCUCAAGCUUAGAACAUCUCAGCUGUUAUGUUUUGCAUCUUGAAGGGGAGGAUGCAUUAGUUGGGCACAUGACAAAAAGCAAUUGCAAUGCCACUGAUCAUUGGUUCCGGAGGGGAAGGAGAAAAGAGCCUAAACAUCUUAUCAACCUGUUAAAGAAAUCAACAUUUUCACAAGGAUUCAAAGGAGUAGCAGCUUUCGACAAUGACAAAGUUCCAUCUCUAGAUGGUGAAGAACCUCCAAAUUGUUGGGCUCUACCAAUUGCAACACUAGCCAGUAUUGCUCUUGCACUUCCCAAUAGCAGCAGUUCUUCAAUAAAAGGUUUAAUGCGUGGUGUAAACGAAGGGCUCAUGUACGUAAAUUUCAUUGAAAAUCACCUGGAAGGUAAAGAUCUUACUAACAUCAGGAAGGCAGCAACCCAUGUCUGGCUAGGAGUCGAUCUCUAUCACACAUGGCUAGAUGUGGAUCUGCGUAAACUGUCACUUAAAGGGAAAUGCUCAAAGGAAAUACUUGAAGAACUUCGUGAAACUGCAAAAGUCAAAUACGAAGAAUCUAAAAGAUCGACUAUAAAUGUAUGUAUCAGAGAUACCCCUUCGAAUUGGCCUGUAAAGGAAUUGACUGCUAAUUCCAUGUACAGGAUAUGUCAGACUAUUCUGCUAAAUCAUAGAUGCAGCAUCAAUCAAACAGAUGAAAGACUACUUGAAGUACUGACAGUCAUGAUCGCUGACAUUCUGGGUGCCUGUCUCACUAACUUGCAGCAAGUUAUAAGCACAAAGUGUCUGAACAGCACCAUUGAAGAGAGGGAGGAAAGUGUGAGGCAUGCAGUUCACAUUCUAGGGGAAACUGAAAAGAUUUUGAAUAUUCUAGAUCAGAGCAUUCCCCGAAGUUUGGAACCUCAUCAAAUUUCAUGGAUUGAUGAGUGGCGUUUGUCACUCAAAAUGGAAGAUCCUCGGGCCUUCCAUUCUUCAUCUCCAUCAGAAAGUGAUAGAGCAUCUCCUGUUUCAAAUGAUUUCUACCUGAGCAUUGACUAGAACUCGCAAGCCUGAAGUUUACAAC